AUGGUGGCUCUCAAUCAGGUCCUGGCGGAUGGCGCGAAUGCCCUCAUUCGAGUUGCUGUCCGGCAGGCCAUUGAUAGUUCGACCAGCACUCCGUUCUCAGCUGCGCCAUCCACAGCUACCACAGACCCAUUCUCUCCAGGGCCGACGAGUUCCUCAGCCUUCUCGACGCCGCCGCCUACAACCACGGCGCCCUCCUCCGCGUCAUUUGCGCCUACAACCACGGCUCUGGGCCCUCCCAGCCCUACGCCAACCGGUGACCAAGGCGGCCAAGGCAACAACUCGCCGCUGCUAUUCUUUGUCGCUCUUGGAUUCGGUGUCGUUUUCACCAAUCUUUGGAUCAUUGUCGGUGUCAAGUACUGCUUUCGCUACAAUGCACGCAACCGCCAGCUGCGCGGCUUGGAUGAGAACGGCGAGCCCAUCAAUCUCGAUAAUAUGCCUCAAAGACCCCAUCGCCGGAGACGUGAGAAGAAGCUCAUGACCAUGGACGAAGUGAACGAGAAAUUCCCAAUGACAAAGUACAAGACCUGGGUUUCGAGCCGCGCCCGUGAGGGAUUGCCAACGGCUGGCGGCGUUUCUGUGCACCCCAGCCGUGCGAACAGCGUACGGAGUGUCCAGGGUAUUGUGCCGGAAAUGUUGCCCAAGGAGCGCGACUCUGUCGAUGAACGCCCGCAGACUGCCGCCGCUGGCGCCAAAUCGGAGGACAAGCCUGCGGGACAGACGAGUACUGCAACAGAUGGCAACAGCGACACCACGACCAAGACACCCGAAAAUGGCAACCCGACAACCAAUGACACUGCUUUGACUAGCACACAGACUAUCGCCAGCAUCGACCCCAAGGAUCACGACCGCCAUGGAAGUGACGAUGAGGACGAUGAUGAGCACAUCAAUGCCGCUUUGCCACCCGAGAUGCUCGAGGGACCAGGAGAUACUUGCGCCAUCUGCAUCGACACUCUCGAAGACGACGACGAUGUUCGUGGUCUGACCUGCGGGCAUGCUUUCCACGCUGUGUGCCUCGACCCCUGGCUGACAAAUAGACGAGCUUGCUGCCCGCUGUGCAAGGCCGACUACUACACGCCCAAGCCGCGUCCGCCCCCUAUCGAGGGUGAGACGACCACUACCGUUACUGGCGCUGCGGACCCGGCGCGUAACAAUGGCCGGAUGAACAUGCCAAGAAAUCCAACACGCAGCUUUAAUCCAUGGAGCAGACGCAAUGGCUCUCGCAACGCUGCUGCCGCCAGCGGCGCCGAGUCCGGACGCUCAAGAGGAGGCAGCCGUGUUGUCGCGCCAAUGAACGCUGGAUCAGACCCUGCUUAUGGCAACGGAUACUUCCAGCGUUUCGAGCGACAACCGUCUCGUCGCCAGCAAGCGUCCGCAACACAAGGCGAUGGGGCGAACCAAGACGGACUUAUGUCCCGCCUAGGCCGUGGUGUUUCGCGCUUCAACAUGCCACGAUUUGGCAGAAGCCGCAACGAGCCAACUCCGGCAGCCCCUGAAGUUACAGCUUCGGGUGCCAAUGGGCAGGCAGAGACAACGCCGUCGCAACUGGAAGCUGGAGUCAGGCCCACGCCGGCGGCUGCCGGGAAUUAG